GCUCUAACGGGAAUAUCCCGGGUUUUCGAUGUUGCUCUUUCGCAGUGCCAUCUGGCGUAAUUUAAGAAACGAAGCGUUUGUGGAUCGAAAAGUUGGCGUCGAUUUCUCCGCGUUAUUUCUGUGUUAUGAGAGAGUGAGCCAUCUCCACUGAAAAUGCCUCGUGGAGUAGGUGAAGGAUCGACGACCCUGGUCUACCCUAGCGGUUGCCGAGAGGUCAAGGAAGACCUGUCGCCUGACGAACUCAUUCGGCGACUGAAAACUCUGGCACACACCUUCCAGUCCAUGGGCCAGGAUGAGGGCGCAUACCACGAAUUUGUGCCCCUGGCGCUUCAUCUUGCGUCUGAGUACUUUUUGUUGCACCCUAGCAAGGACGUCCAACUGCUCAUUGCGUGCUGCAUUGCUGACGUCUUGCGCGUAUACGCUCCUGAGGCUCCUUACAAGGACCCGGAGCAAGUCAAGGAAAUUUUCAUGUUCUUGAUCAAGCAACUAUCAGGACUUAAAGACCCAAAGGAUCCAGCUUUCAAGAGGUACUUUUACCUGCUGGAAAAUCUUGCUUACGUCAAGUCAUUCAACAUGUGCUUUGAACUUGACGAGUGCCAAGAGAUUUUCUGCAGUCUCUUCCAACUGAUGUUCCGCAUUGUGAAUGAUGAGCAUUCUGGAAAAGUGAAGAGUUUCAUGCUGGACGUGUUGUGUCCUCUGAUCACUGAAUCGGACAGUGUGUCUAACCAACUUCUGGACACUAUUUUGAUCAACAUAGUGGAGCCUAAUAAGUCGACAAGGAAGAAUGCUUAUUUGCUGGCUAAAGAGCUGAUUGUGAAGUGCUCUGACACCCUUGAGUCAUAUAUUCAAUCAUUCUUCAAUCAAGUGCUGAUCUUGGGUCAACCAAACAAGGAGCUAGCAAUUUCUGGCAAAGUCUAUGAUCUAAUUUAUGAACUGAACCACAUUUGUCCCACUGUCCUGCUGGCUGUUUUGCCGCAGCUGGAGUUCAAAUUGAAGUCUCCAGACGAGAAGGAGCGUCUUGGAGCAGUGUCUUUGCUGGCUAGGAUGUUUUCCGAAAAAGAUUCCACUCUGGCCAUUCACCACAGACCUCUAUGGCAGGCGUUUCUUGGAAGGUACAAUGACAUUAGUGUCGCUAUUCGCACAAAAUGCGUCCAGUACUCCAUGCAUUUCCUGCUUAAUCACCCUGAGCUGCGUCAGGACAUAACUCAGACCCUGAAACUUCGGCAGCAUGACGCAGAAGAGCAUGUGCGAUAUGAGGUGGUCAUGGCCAUCGUUGCUACAGCUAAAAGGGACUUCAGCGUUGUGUCAGAGAGUGAAGAUCUUCUUGACUUUGUGCGAGAGCGCACACUUGACAAAAAGUUUAAAAUCCGACGAGAAGCAAUGAGUGGCUUGGCUAUGAUCUACAAAGCCCAUCUCAUGGAGCAGGAUGUACCUGAAGCAACCAAAAAAGCUGUCACCUGGAUUAAGGACAAAAUUCUUCAUUGUUACUACAUGCCUGGUCUUGACGAUAAGUUGAUGGUUGAGAAACUUCUUAACACAUGCUUGGUCCCAUUUACUCUUCCCACUGAAGAUCGUAUGAAGAAACUAUACUACUUGUUGGGAACAGUUGAUGAAAAUGCCACUAAAGCAUUCAUAGAACUACAGAAACUACAGCUUUCCAUUCGAAAGCUUGUUUCUGAGGUGUUGGAGCUUCAAAACAGAGCACCUGAUGAUGAACGAGAUAAGGAUCUGAAUGCCAAAAUCGUCCAGCUCUCUAAACAUUUACCAGAACCAGUCAAAGCUCACGAGUUUCUUAGGAAGUUCUCUGCUCAUAUGUCCAAAGAUGCCUCUUUGCUGCAGAUGAUGGAAACUGUCAUGAACCCGUCUGUUAGUUGCAAAACUUGCUCUGAAGUUAUGUCUCAAAUUCUGAAAAGACUUGGCCAGCCAGUCAUGACAAAUCUGUAUUACAAUACUGUUAAGAUGUUGUUGGAAAGAACUUCCUCAGUAAUGGUUGAUCACGAAGCCAUCAAGGUCCUCGUUGGCUAUGUGGAACAAUGCAUAAGGCACACCAAUUUGAUUGAAGAGCUCCACUUGAAUCCACAAAAUGCAGGAGAAAGGGGUCUGAACUUGUUGAAGGUCCUCGCUUUUGUUUUUCCUUCUCAUUUCCUUCAUGAGGACGUCAUUGAACACUUGAUUUCCAUCCUGGACCUGGAGGAUGUCGCACCGCUUGUGCUGACAAUUUUGACCCUCAUUGGAAAGUUCAAGCCGAUCGGGGAGGCAUUCCCUGAGCAGAUGCGAGCUUUGGUCCCAAAAUGCCAGCAUCUUUGUGGUGUUGGCGGCCCCAAAGACGCUAAGCACGCCAUCAGAUGCCUCUUUCAUAAUUCUGUUGAGAACCUUGAGACCGUUUUUUCCAAGGUUAUGGAGCAAAUAAGAGACAACUUGGAACCCAACAACCCUCAUUACUUGACCUCGAUUGUGGCUCUGGGUCACCUAGCUUACAAUGUCCCUCAGGCCUUUCCAGUUAUUGUCAAGAAUACCAUCUCCAGGAAAAUUGUGAAGGAACUGUUGAUGAAGGAUAGAUCAGAUGGUAAAUACCAUGACUGCUCUGAUAAUUGGUGUAAAGAGGAAGAUCUCCCCCACGACACAAUUUGCAAGCUCAAAGGCUUGAAAACUAUGGCGUUGUGGCUUUUGGGUCUCAAGGAUGAUACUGUGAAUGCUUACAAAACAUUCAGAAUGAUUGAUGCGUUCAUUGUAAACAAAGGAGACCUGUUGGAGGAAAACAGAUUAAGUUUGGCCGAAAAAGCUUGGUUAAGACUUGGUGCUGGUAGCGCUAUGCUGAAGAUUUGUGAGCAGAAGGGUGUAGGAGACCAAUUCAAUGCAACACAGUUUUUCAACUUGUCACAACUGAUGCAGGAUGAAAUUCCACAAGUGCGAGAGCGGUUUGCUGCUAAAUUGCAUCAAGGUCUGUCUCGCCGCAUUCCCCUUAAGUGCCUGCCCUUGGACUUCAUGGGCUACUACGCCCUUGCUGGUGCAGAGCCAGACGUCAAGAUCAGAAAGACCAUCCAAGAGUACAUGGUUUCCGACAUCCAGAGGAGGAGGGACUAUAUCAAGGCAGUCACGCUUUCUGGCUCCGUCGAGAGAGCUCUCAACCAGCUGCCCCACUUGAUGCCUGACUUCAUGCUGGUGUUUGCUGUUCCUGUAUUGGCCCACGACCCUGCGUUCAGAGCACCUGACAGCAAGGUGCAGUUGCAGAUAGUGCAAAAGUGUCUCUGGUUUAUCCUAGAACCAUUGAUGAUGCGCAAUGAUAACUACUGCUUUGGUUUCUACAAAAGCUUGAUUGAGAGGAUGAAGAAUCAUUUUGACGCUGUUAACCCAACUGAUGACAAUACCAAUCAUAGAUUGUGGGCCGUGUGCGAUAUUGCAAUGGGAUUGGUCAUGUCUAAGACAACCAACUAUGAGAUGAAGAAGUAUCCAACUUUACCAAGAGUUCCACCGAUGUAUUUCAAAAGAGCUGAUGACCCAAAUUACAUAAACCACAAGGUUUAUGUCCCUCUGGAGUUCACUGUACAGCACAUGAAAAAGAAUGUUGUCACAACCACACAGGUGCCCAAGAGCAAGCGGAAAAAUCCAAAUGAUAACCAAGACUCCAACAGCAUUGACGUGCCGAUGCAAACUUCUGACACAAAAAUUCAGCUGCCAGGUUUUGAGGACGAAGAUUCGAUGCAAACGCCAACUUCAACAAAUUCAGAAGAUGAGCCAGCAGCAAAGAAACCAUGCUUAGCUACGAGCGCAACGCCUACAACUAGCGCCAUGAAAGUUGUACCUGUGGCAAGCAGAAAGUAUGGUCAGCAGAAGGGAGACAACAAACGAGGCAAAGCCAGGAAAAGUCAGUCACCUUCACCCUCAAGGGAAGAGGAUGAAGAAGGCAAAACAAGUCAGGAAGUAGAUGAAGAUGAGAUACCAAGCUCUGAUGAAAUUGAACGCAGAGCUACCAAGAGCUACAAUAGGAAGAGAAAAACAGUAGCAGAAGAGGAAUCUGAGAAAGAAGAGGAGGCUGAAGUGGAGAAGGAAGUGAUUAAGUCUGAACCAACUGAUGAACCAGAAGAUGAGCCAAAGGUGGCUCCAAAACCAAGAGGAAGAGGAAGAAAGCAACCACUUACUACAGUGAACAUAGCCAAGUCUCCAACUCCACCUGUGUCUGACACAGAACCUGACUCUGCUGAGCCUAUCAAGAAAAGAGGUCGGCCUCGAAAGGAUUCCACAACACCAACUAGUACACCUUCUGCUGCAAGCACUUCAAAUGACAAGGAUUCAAAAUCCGAAGAUGCAGAGGAACCUCAAGAGAAAAGAAAAAGGGGUAGACCUAAAGUCGCCAAGGAACCUGAACCCGAGAAGGUGCCUGACAAGCCUGCGCCUGCUGCUAAAUUGACACGCAAGAGUGUGUCAAACGGUGUAGCAGCCAAAGAGGAUGAGAAAAAGGAUGAUAAGAAGACAAGUGCUCGCAAGAAGGAGGAAGCGCCAAGUGCCGCGCCAGUUCGGCACUCAACCAGGCAGACCAGGCAGGCUUCGAGCUAACCUACUCUCUGCUUAUCUGUGCUACAAAUUGCAUCCAGAGACUUGUACAAGCUGACUCUUUUCUAAGCAUUACAUUGGACAUAGUUCUAUAGAAAAAUCGUUUGUAACACAAGUUUUAGGAGUUCGUAUUUUUUCAGCCAGCGUUUUCCAUGUUUUGCUUUACUAUGAUUUAUUCGAUUACUUGAGCCCAAAGUGUAAAAACAUCAAUUGUAACAAUUAUUAUUAUAUUAUUGUCUAGUUGUACUCAAGUAGUUUUUCCAUAUUUCUCUGCAAUCUGAAGAGGAAACGAGAUAUAUUUUUUAAAAAGAUACACUUCACAAUGUUCUAUAGGAAUAAUAGUAGCUAAUAUUAUUAUCCAUGUGACUCACUCGUUUCCCCCGAAUCUUGGUAAUUUGCUGCAUUUUUCCUUUUGUGUCAGUUAUUAUUUGUGGAAAUAAAGGACAACAAUCUUAAUUUA